AUGCUCCAGAGACGGCGGCGGGCGCGGGCGGGGAACCCGGGCGCCAGUCCCUCCGCCGUGCGCUUCCCCGGAGUCGCCAUCCACCUGGCGGAGCCGCGCAUGGGCCGCAGCCGCCGGGCCUUCCUCACCCGCCUGGCGCGGUCCAAAGGCUUCCGCGUGCUGGACGCCUACAGCUCCGAGGUCACACAUGUGGUGAUGGAGCAGACGUCAGCCGAGGAGGCCGCCUGCUGGCAGGCGAGCAGGGCAGCCCCUGCCCCAGGUGGCGCCCGCCCGGUGCUGCUGGACGUCAGCUGGUUCACAGAGAGCAUGGCAGCCGGGCAGCCGGUCCCUGUGGAAGGCCGACACCGCCUGGAGGUGACUGUGCCCAGGAAGGGGCUGCCAAACCCAGUGUGGAUGCUACCCUAUGCCUGCCAGCGCCCCACGCCCCUCACACACCACAACACCAGCCUCUCGGAGGCUCUGGAGGUGCUGGCAGAGGCCGGAGGCUUUGAAGGCAGUGAGGGCCGACUCCUCUCCUUCUGCAGAGCAGCCUCUGUGCUCAAGGCGCUGCCCUGCCCCAUCACAGCCCUGAGCCAGCUGCAGGGCCUGCCCCACUUUGGAGAACAUUCCCGCAGGGUCAUCCAGGAGCUGCUGGAGCACGGAGUGUGUGAGGAGGUGGAGAGAGUCCGGCUCUCGGAGAGGUACCAGAGCAUGAAGCUCUUCACCCAGAUCUUUGGGGUUGGCGUAAAGACUGCUGAUCGGUGGUACAGAGAAGGGCUGCGGACGCUGGACGACGUCCAGGAGCAGGUGCAGAGACUGACCCAGCAGCAGAGAGCAGGGCUCCAGCACUACCGGGACCUGAGCACCCCAGUCCAGCGGUCUGAUGCAGAGGCCUUGCAGCGGGUGUUGGAGGCGGCCGUUGGGCAGGCCCUUCCUGGGGCCACUGUCACACUGGCUGGCGGCUUCCGGAGGGGGAAGUCGCAGGGCCAUGACGUGGACUUCCUCAUCACCCACCCCCACGAGGACCUGGAGGCAGGGCUGCUGCCCGGAGUGAUGCGCCACCUGGAGAAGCAGGGCCUUGUCCUGUACCACCAGCAUCAGCACAGCCACAGGAGAGACCCCAGCCACCUGACCCAGCAGAGCCACGCCAUGGACACCUUUGAGCGGAGUCUCUGCAUUUUCCGCCUGAUGAGACCCCCAGGUGCUCCUGCGGGGGGCACCCAGAGGCCCUGCACCUCCUGGAAGGCUGUGCGUGUGGACCUGGUGGUCGUGCCCACCAGCCAGUUCCCCUUUGCCCUGCUUGGCUGGACUGGCUCCAAGCAUUUUGAGCGUGAACUUCGCCGAUUCAGCCGGAAGGAGAGGGGUCUGUGGCUGAACAGCCAUGGGCUGUUUGACCCGGAGCAGAAGACCUUUUUCCAAGUGGCUGCGGAGGAAGACAUCUUCAGACACCUGGGCCUUGCGUACCUUCCCCCAGAGCAGAGGAACGCCUGAUCCCAGCCCUCACCCUCCUGGUGGAACCCCUGUGUGCACCCCCACUUCCCAUGUGCAGCCCAUCCAGGACACAAUGAAAUGAGAACAUGGAGCAAACCAGGCACUUUUUUAAAACUACUGCUGAGGUGGGGGCAUCAUGGCUGUGUGGCCCUGGGGUUCUGAAGGGUGAACUGGGCCUCUGGACAGGGAGCAGGCCCAGCCGAGGGCUCUGGGAGGAAGACCUUCCCGUGCUGACCUCCUGCCUCCUGCUGGGUCAGCCCCACGCCCAGCUGGGCCGGUCUCUGCCUUUGCUCUUUGAGUCUGUUCAAAGCAGCCUUUCGAAGCAGGCCCAGCCCCCGUGCUGUCCGUCCUUACUCAGAGCCCUGGCUCAGUGACUCCCAAGUCCUCACAGGGUCAGCUUGGCGGUUUCUACAAGGAGGUCACCUGGGACUCGGACAGAGAUCGCACCGAGUCUGGGGCUCAUCACUCAGUGUUGCUGUUGGGAUGGUGCCGCCUUCCAGUCCACAGACGUGGGGUGCCUGUCCGUUUAUUUAGAUCUCUUUUAGUUCUGGUGAUGGUUUGUAGU